AUGGUAUAUAUCAGUUUAAAGCUUUCCGAAAAUAAAUAUGGUCCCAACCCCAAAUCAAUCCUUCUCAAUCACCUCACAAUAGUCCCCACCAUCAAACCCAAAUCCCCCAGAAAUAAGAUUCUAUCCAAAUCACUACAAAUGCAUCUCCCACCUCUUCUCCCCAUAUCCGCGAUCAUAUCACUACCACACAUCCUCGCUUCCCCAACACCCCCAGCCACCGACAACGAACCAUCGCUCUCGCUGUACGCCAGAUACGACGGCUACACAUAUUAUCUCUACAACAUAGGCGCAUACGUCAACAACACGUAUACCGGGAAAUUGACAACAUGCAACGGAUUCGACCUGAUGUUGAACGUGUCCGAUUUGCCUGAUCCGUCGUGGCAUGUUUGCGAGGAUGGUGUCACGGAGGUUCGGUGGUCGUGGCGGUAUGAACCUACGAGCAUUGAUGUGAAGACUACGGUGGAGGUUGAGGGGAGGAAUAGAACAAUCACAGCAUCGCAUCCAGCGAAUCCAUUCGGCGGCGCCCUCGACUGCCGUUUUGAACCGUGCUAUGUUGGCGAGGAUUGGUGUAAGGGGCCGGUUUUGAAUCUUUUGGGCCUUCAUUACACUUGUGGGACGGAUGGAUAUAGGACGUUAUCGACUACGAUUGAAUAG